CUCGGGCAUAGCAUAACAAUCAGGUGAGCUACCUCAAUCGGUCUCCGUCAUCGAGUCAGAACAAGAUGCCUCGUAAAUCUCGCAAAGACUCCGGUUGCGUCGGAGGCGAUGGCGCGUCUCAAAUUACUGCCGUCGAGUUGAAGAUUCUCAACGUGAUCUUCAAAAAUUGCGAUGCGACAAGCAAGCCUCGGCUAACCGACUGGGAUGGUAUCGCCAAACCCCUUGAUAUGAAAGACGGCAAGUCGGCCAAGGAGAGGUUUAGACAGAUAUGCAAAAAAAUGGGUUGGUUCGAGAACAAGGAGGGAGCGGAUCAACAAGCUACACCAUCUAGAAAGAAGCGGGCCCUCGAGGACGCCGAUGACAACAGGAUGGCCUCGAGCAAGAAAAUAAAGGUCGAAGGCGAGGACAGUGGCCAUGCCUAGUUCAUUGGAGAGAUUUACCUGCGAUUCUGUGGGUUUGAAUGCUUGGCUGGGUUGAUUCGUAUUGUGA